GUUCAGGAUUUGUUUAUGGGCGGGGCUGAAAUCAUGUCUCGAUGACACACUGGAGCCACUGAGCAUGGCCCCUCCCCUAACACUUAGUUACUACAGCCUAGUUUGCCAGCUAGCUAUGCCUGCGUCACGUAAAUGCGUAUUACCAGGUUGCGAUCAUUUACAAAAUAGCUCGGUCUCCUUAUUUAAAUUUCCUAAAAACGAUGAUAUCAAGAAGAGGUGGAUUAAGUUUGUAAAGAGGCACCUUGAUGGAGAGCUGAGGAUCACCACCAACACCCGCCUUUGCAGUGAACAUUUUACACCGGAUAGUUUUAUAAACUUUCAUCGGAGAGAAUUGGGAUUCACUGAUAAUCCGCUGUUACUGGUGAACGGGGCCGAGCCGACUAUCUCCCGCCCCGGCCUUCAUCCUCCCGUCCCGCCGACAUCUGGUGCCAUCGUCGGCAGUACGUGCCCACCAAUUAGUGAGACUGUGAGAGGUCUAUCACUGAUCAGCCAGGACUUCAAUUCAGAAGUUUCGGAGGAAGAAAUGGAUCACUGUUAUGCAUCAACCGCUGAGACAAUACAAGCUCUAUCCAAGAAGCGAAAGAGGACAGACGUGAAGCGGGAGAGAGACAGACUGAGGCAGAAAAACAGAGUAAACAUCGGCGAGGAAUAUUCCAGAUGGAAAGCGCUGAAGGUGGAGAAAGGCAUGAAGAAUGACAUGGAGGUUGCUUGUUAUCUGCUGGACAGGGUGUGUGGUGAACAUCUUUCACAAGACAAUUCCAGUGAAUCUCCGAGAAAGAGAGGAAAACGGCAGAAAUCAACAUCUGCACUGAAAUCUGAGCAGACUCGGAGCGAUUCACCUCAGCCUAGUCCAGAUCUCCAGUCCACAAACGUUGAGGUCCUUGGGAUCUGCUACGACGUCCCUCCCCUAUGGUUAUAUCAGCCGGAUAAACAAGCACAGCCUGAACGACUACUAGAGGAUGGAUCGGACCCAGAUGUCAGGAUGGGUUACAACAAGGAACAAAAUUGUAUGAUGGAGCAGAGUUCAUCUUCAAGCACAACUACAGAGGAAGAUCAUACAGUGCUCUGGGAGAAAAGAAAGGAUGAACUUACACAGACUGCCCUGCGAUUGGAGGAACGUUUAAAUGCCAUGAGAUCUUUGUCUGAUACAGCAUCUGAUCCCAUUUCACUGACAAGAGGAAUAGCAGAUCAGAAGGAAAGAAAAUGGGUGGUCAACAAAUCCAGUUUGACAGGACUGUUCAGGACCUGCCAUCAGUGUGGAGAGCCGGUUCUGGAAUUUAAAACGUUAACAUCCGGGAGUCUGAUUCGGAUUCAGUGGGAAUGCUCAAAGGGACAUCUCAUGUGGCUCUUCCCCAACCACAACCCAACAUAACACACACACACUGAACCCAGACGGGGAUGAAUGUACUGCAGUGCAUCUCGAUUUAUUAAAAUGUGAAUAUAAGAAAUAAAGUUUCUAUGCGGAAUUACAAAA